ACUGUAUCUGUCACGGAGGCCAGUUCCUCCCAGCGAACCGUCGGAACGCGUCAAACCGACACCCAAAACCCGAAAUAUCACCAAAGAGCGUGAGUUUAGACGGAAUAAAGGGUAUUUGGUGGAAUCCCGAGGGUUUUUCUCCCGGAUCCGCCGCCCCGGGGACCAGCCCCCGCCCGCGCGGGCCCGCCCGUGCCUCGGAUCGAGCGGACCCGGGCCGUGUUUUGUUGUUUUGCAGCUCCUGCUGCGGCGUGAGGAUGUGCGGCUGCAGCCGGGACUCGAACCGUCGGCUCUAGGGAGGACCGGAACAUCCACCAUGAAGCCUCCAGCUCCAUCACACAGUCUGACGUCAUCACCUGUGUUCCAGGGCGUCUACAACAACGCCCGCAUGCUGCACUUCCUCACCUCGGUGGUGGGCUCCACCUGCCACGUGAGGGUGAAGAACGGAGCCGUGUACGAGGGAAUCUUCAAGACGCUCAGCGCUCAGUGUGAGCUAGCGGUGGACGCCGUGCACAGACGUACUGACGGAGGGAGAACCAGCCCCAACAUGGACGACAUCACCGACAUCAUGAUCUUCAGCCCGGCCGACCUCGUCUCCAUGACCUGCCGGGACGUGGACCUGAACUUCGCCGUCAGAGACGGAUUCACGGACUCGGCCGUCGCUGCGUCGCGGCUCAACGGAGAUCACCAGGAGAAAGUUCUGCAGAGAUGGAACGAGGAGGGAAACGGAGAAAACCUGGAGCUGGAGUCGGACACGUCCAACGGGUGGGACGCCAGCGAGAUGUUCAGGUUCAACGAGGAAACGUACGGCGUCAAGUCCACGUACAACUCCAGCCUGUCGUCGUACACCAUGCCCCUGGAGCGCGGCUCCUCCGAGCUGUUCCGGCAGCGCGAGGCGCGAGCCGCCCGGCUAGCCGGGGAGAUGGAAGCUAGCUCGCAGCGCCGCCGCGGCUCCAUGGAGGACGAGGACGGACGGACGGAGGAGGAGAAGUUCAGCUCCGUCGUCAGGGAGACGGAGGGGGGCGGGGCCGGGGGGGCCGGGGCUCCGCCCACCAGCGGGGGCCCCAGGGCCUCCCCCGCCGGGGCCGGGGCCCCCCACGCCGGGGCCCCCCACACCGGCAGGGAAGGGAAAGUCGUCCCCGUCCCGAGGACGUCUGUUACCGCGGCAACUGGAGCCUCCGGUCGCCCCGCAGGCUCCGCCUCCUCCUCCAGACACGCCCCCAGCUCCAGGACCGCCCACUCCUCCCUCCACCAAUCACAGAGCAGCCCGCCCGGGACAGGCCACGCCCCCCUGCACUCUCCCGGGACAGGCCACGCCCCCCUGCACCCGCCCGGGCCAGGCCACGCCCCACUGCACUCUCCCGGGCCAGGCCACGCCCCCCUGCACCCGCGGGCAUCGCCCGACACCGCGGUAACGACGUUUAACGGAGUGUCGUCCCGGACGUCUCCGAAGGCCCAGCGGGUCCAGAUCAGGACCCUGCGGUCCGCCGGCCAGAGCUCGGCUGCAGGUUCCAGUCGCGGCUCCAGACCCGACGCCCCCCGGGAAACCCCGCCGGCCGGCCCGGCCUUCCUGGACUCCUCCUCCGUCGCCACGGCGACCCCCGUCGCCACGGCGACCCCUGUCCCCAAACCCCCGGGACCCCCAGGACCCUCGGGACCCGCCCCGCUCUUCCCCGUCGACGUCAGUGAAAUCCUGAUCAAAGCAGCUAAAGAAAGACCGGAGGAUCCGCAGGAGGGGAGGAGCCACAAAGGGCCGUCUGGAGCCCAGCAGAGGGCGCAGCUGGAGGAGCUCCGCAAGUUUGGUAAAGAGUUCAGGCUGCAGCCUAGCUCCUCCCCCUCCGCCAGCCCAGCCCCGCCCCCUCUGGACGGCCCCGCCUCCUCCGGUUCACCUAAACCGGACCCCCUGGUCCCGGACCUGCAGGGGGCUACAGAACCAGCCCCGCCCCCUCCGACCCCCCCCGGCCCCCACACCUCCCAACCCGAGGCCCUGCAGCCCGGCAGCGGGGAGGGGGAGGGGGAGGCGUGUCCUGAUUCCUCGGAGGCCUCGCAGGUGAGAAGCUCCACGCUGAACCCGAACGCCAAGGAGUUCCUCCCCGUGAAGAAACCUGCGGCGGCGCCGACGCCCCCCCGGCCGGCCCCGCCCAGCCCGGCCCUGGCCCCGCCCCCUCCGGCCCAGCAGGGCGGAGGCUCCGCCUACAGCAGCUCACCUGCCCCGUACCUGUCCUACCUGCCCCCCCCCAUGCAGGGACACGCCCUCCAGCCUCCUCAGCUGUAUCAGUACACCAUGUCAGCCAUGAGUCAGCAAAAAUACCCCCGAGGCAAAGGCCUGGUUGCGGGUCCCCGCCCGGACCACCACGUCUCCUCGUCCUCCCCGCUCUUCUCAGCACCGGGGCCCCUGGUGGCCUCGCAUUACCCACAAUCCUACCUGCAGUACCAGGUGAUCCAGGCCAUGCAGCCGCAGCAGCAGCAGCAGCAGCAGCAGCACCAGCAGCAGCAGCAGCAGCAGCAGCACCAGCAGCAGCAGCAGCAACAGCAGCACUACCACGGACAGGUGCAGACGGUGUACUCUCUGCUCCAGGGGGGCGUGAGGAUGCUGGCGUCCGGGGCCCCCCCCGUCGGGCCCCCCGGCCCCCAGUACCCCGGCCGGCCCGAGGGGCCCCUGGGGCCCCAGCAGGCCGUCUACGUUCCCCCGUCGUUCUCCCACCACUCGGGCCCCAUCCAUCACCCCCAGCCCUCCAGCACCCCGACGGGGAACCAGCAACCCCUGCAGCACCCGGCUCCCAGUCCGGGUCACGCCCAGGUGAACCAGGGGCCCCAGCACCCGUCCCUGCUGGCCCCCACCCCCCCCAGCGGGCCCCAGGUCUCCUACCUGCCCCAGGGCUACAGCCUCCCCCCCCACGGCUUCACCUCCAUCAGCCACAUGACACAGGUUCCCGGAGCUCUGCCGGGCCCCCCCAGACCCGGGCCCCCCAUCUUCCUGCACUACGUCCCCCCCCAGCAGGGCUCGGCCCGCCAGCACGGCCCUCCGGCCCAGCAGGGGGCGCCGCAGCACUUCUACAUCGGCCCGCCGCAAGCUCUGCAGGUCCAGGCGUCCAAUCAGCAUCAGCAGCUUUCCUUCCACUCGUCUCCCAACUGAGACGCUCCAGCGUUUCCCUCGAACCUUCACAACGAUCACCUCCUCCACGCUUUUACCUGGACGGUUCAGAGCUCCAGCUUCAGCUUUUACUACGACAGGAAGUGUCUGAGUUCAGCUUUUACUACGACAGGAAGUGUCUGA